AGGCAGCCGACGAGAUGGAUUUCCUUCCAAGUUUAUCCCCAGAAACGUGGAUGCUGCUCCUUGUGUUUCUGAUGCUUUUCCUUCUCUAUGGGAUCUGGCCAUAUGGGUGCUUUAAGAAGCUGGGCAUUCCCGGGCCGAGGCCUCUUCCUUUCAUCGGGACCUUCCUUGAAUACCGGCAUGGCCUGAUAGAGUUUGACCAGAAGUGCUUUGAGAAGUACGGCAAAAUAUGGGGGAUUUUCGACGGCCGGCAGCCUGUACUGGCUAUUCUGGAUCCUAUAAUCAUCAAAACCAUCCUGGUGAAAGAAUGCUACACCCUCUUUACCAAUCGCCGGGUCUUUGGGAUCAGUGGUGACCUGGAGUGCGCCCUCAACAUAGCUCCAGACGAGCAGUGGAAGAGGAUUCGGACUGUGCUGUCUCCGACAUUCACCAGCGGGAGGCUAAAGGAGAUGUUACCCAUCAUCCAUUCCUAUGCAGACACAUUAGUUAAAACGGUGCAGAAGAAAGUGGAUAAAGAUGAGUCCAUGAACAUGAAGGACGUCUUUGGAGCCUACAGCUUGGACGUGGUGACCAGCACUUCAUUCAGCGUGAACGUCGACUCCAUGAACAACCCAAAGGACCCUUUUGUCGCCUACAUCAAGAAGUAUCUCGAGUUCACAUUCUUAAACCCAGUGCUCGUGUUAGCUGUGGUGUUCCCCUUUCUGAUCCCUAUACUGAAGAAAAUGAAUGUGACUGUGAUGCCCGCAGGAUUCAUGGACUUCUUCUUCAACGUCCUCAAGAAUAUAAAGGAGGAACGGCAAAAGAACAGAAACACGGACCGGGUGGAUUUCUUGCAGCUGAUGCUUGAUUCACAGAACCCAGAUGACAGCUCCAAACCUAAGGAGGAGAAGCAUGCAUAUAAAACACUGACGGACACCGAGAUUCUGGCACAGGCUCUCGUCUUUAUACUUGCUGGUUAUGAGACCACCAGUUCCACUCUCAGCUUCAUCUCCUAUAACCUGGCCACUCACCCGGAUGUGCAGCAGCGGCUGCAUGAAGAGAUCGAUGCUGCUCUCCCCAACAAGGCCAGGCCCACCUAUGAGGCCGUGAUGCAGAUGGAGUAUCUUGAUAUGGUGGUGAAUGAAACACUCAGACUCUUCCCCCCCGGCGGGAGGAUUGAACGUGUCUGCAAGGAGACCACUGAGAUAAAUGGAGUGACCAUUCCAAAAGGGACUGUCACCGUGAUCCCAAGCUACCUGCUGCAUCGUGAUCCAGGGCACUGGCCAGAGCCAGAGGAGUUCAGGCCUGAGAGGUUCAGUAAAGAGAACAGAGACAGCAUGGACCCCUAUAUCUUCCUGCCCUUUGGAGCCGGUCCAAGGAACUGCAUUGGAAUGAGGUUUGCUCUCCUCAGCCUGAAAAUUGCCUUAGUUGUCCUGUUGCAAAGAUUUUCCUUCAGGACCUGCAAAGAUACCCCGAUCCCUCUAGUGCUGGACUCAAAGGUUUUCAUGCAACCCAAGAAGCCCAUCCUACUGAAGAUGGUCCCCAGACCCCGUAUUCAGCCAGAAGAGUAAAAGAGAUUGCAGCAGAGCCUUCUGUCUGAUGUUCCUUCCACCUGCUCCUGUUGUAUGAGAAGAGGCGACGUAAAACUGUGUGAGAUGCAUUGGUGCAAGCAGCCUUUUCCAGCAGAGCAGCGUGUCUUCACAAAAGGAUGGUGCUAAUUCCAGCGAUCUGGAGAAGCACUGAGUGCUCCUCGUGUCAUGACUACCACCCUUUCAGCUAAGCAGAGGUCAGGAUGCCUCUGAGAGCUUUAAGAUACAUUUAACAGAUUAAGCUCUUCUCAACACCUUUAAUCAGAUGUUGGCAGUCUCUUUUGGAAGUUUAAUGUAAAUCAAGAUAGGGAGGCAAACUGCCCACAUGCAAACUACCCAUUUUAUUCCCAUUCUUACUGCUUCGUAGGAUGAACCUAUCUGUCUUUUGCUUCUAUAUGCACAGGGGUGUGCUAUUAGCUAUGGCUUUUUUCCUGGGCCAUGUGAUGUUUCACUGUUGUGACCCUGUAAGUGGUAGUCAUUAUGGCGUUGCAGGAAAUAAUAUCCAUGGCCAGUUUCUGGAAUAGACUUGCACAGCCUUACACAGCUCUCUUUUGAUUUGAUGUGCUUUUUAUGAAUGACUUGGUCAUGAUUCACAUGGCUGGGGAGUUGACUGGAGGAGCCUAGGGAUAAGCAAUUCCCAUUAACGAUCGGUGAUUUGUGGAGUGGGAGUGAAGUGCACUGCAGGUUCGCUCUGAUUGCUUGCUUAUUUUAUCUCACUGGGCCUCCAGUGGUCUCUUAGGGAGGGAUGAUUUUUGCAUAGAUAUCAGUCUGGGUAUAGGGCUGUUUCGGUUUUUUUUCUGUUUCAUUCUGUUCUGUAAAAAUGACUAGGAGCUUUAAACCAGGAAAAAGGACAGUGCUUUGGCAAGGUGCAGGGCUGUGAAAGCCAUGACCUGAAGAAGAAUGUUUUACAUUUAAAAGCUUGUCUAACUCGACCUCAGUUACGCAGUUGGUCCAAUAAAAGAUAUUUCCCAAAGAAA